UUGUGAUUUUAGAUUUAUUAAGAAAUAAUUAGCAUAAAGUUUUAUGUAAUGGAUAGGAAGUUCCGAGUUAAGCACCCUUCGUUACCCGUGCCAGGUUCCUCAAAGAAACACGGUGCAUCGAGAAUUGAUGACUCUCAAAAUGUAGAACCACCAGCAAAGCCUUGGAUAAAACGAUGCGGUCGGUACAUGUAUAAUAAAGAAAACAACCAAUUCUGCGGCAGAACAUGUAAGAGUUGGCUCUAUAUUAUAGUGUACGCUAUAAUGUAUAUAAUAUUUUUGAGUACGUACACAUUAUUUUUUCUCUACGGGUCCUUAUAUAUAAUAAAAUAUGUAGACGACUAUCAAUUCAUCGAAAAGGUAGAACUUCUGACAUAUUCAACUGACGGCAUUGGAUUAUCAGCGACACCAACUUCACUAAACGCCAAGCCACUGAUUUGGUACAGGAACGAUCCGGAAGACUAUCAAAAAUAUGUCAACGGUUUGGAGAAUUUACUCAGCAAACGAAGGAAAAGAGAAGCAGUCAUUUCCCCAGAUUUAGGACCUUGUGGUAAAACUCCAUUUGGUUAUGGAGAUAAUCCUUGUGUAAUACUAAGGAUAAAUAAACAACUGAAAUGGUCAGCUAAACCUAUCAAUGCAAAUUCUUCAAGAAAAGAUAUUCCUAGUAAAGUACAGAAAUGGUUGAAGUUAGAACAGAAACUUUGGCUACAUUGUGACGGUUACCACUCGUAUGACAAAGAACAUAUAGGGAAGAUCACAUAUUAUCCAGACCCACCUGGGUUUGAUCCGGAUACGUUUCCUUUGGACAAAAAUAGCCAUUCACCUCUGAUAGGUAUACAAAUUUCUGAAUUCACUUUAGGCGUGUCGUUGGCUGUUCAAUGCAAACUGUGGUAUGAAGGAGGCGCCUCAACAAUAGAAUUCUUAUUGUAUGUGACACCCAGGAGGAUAUAAGUGAUGUUAUAAAGGUUCAG